CGGUGGAAUGACUGUUGAAGAGACAUCUCAGUUUUGUGCUGUAGGUGACAAAACAAAUAUGAUGUGUUCAAUUUUGUGUUGGCAAUAUCCUGCUGGAUGAUGAAAAAAUGAGAUGCGGGCCACAAAUGUUUCCGUGUCUGUAUAACAUGUUUUAAAUGUAGGCAUACAUUUAAAACAUGUUUUAGGAAGUCAAAAAGGCCCAAAAAUAAAUAUGAGGAGCCAGAAAAACAGUGAUAAAAUAUGCAACAGUAUCUAAUCAUGAAAUAAAUCAAUGUAAGAGUCUGGUGCACAGUGAUGUCACCAGGAAUGGGCGUGUCCUGUAAAGCCUCUUAUUUGCUUAAUGGCUUUACACUGCAAGGAAUUUAGCGAAUCCACACUGAAAAUAGGCUUAAUUUGGACUUAAAAAAAAAAAAUUUCAACCUCCUGCUAGUUUAUUGCUAUGUAUGAAAUAUUAUCAAAAUGUAGAGUCUAUAUGUUCAAGUGAAAUAUUUAUUUGUAUAUAUUUUUUUCAUUUGUAAAUAAUGUGUGUUGAUGUGGACUCCCCGCCUCUCCAAGUCAUGCUGACUUUUCCUUCUUCUUCCCAGUGCUUGUUUUGCUCUUUGCACUGCAGCCCGCCUGAGCUCUGCCCCACAUUCGCUGCUGCGUCAGAGCUGGGAUAGACAUGUAGCUGUGUGUGUGUGGGAAUGUGUGUGUGCGUAUGUGUGUGUGCGUGCAUGCUAUAGGGGGGGCUCUCCUGGAAAACAUGGACUUCAAAUCUGAGCUGCUCAAGUCCAUCUGGUACGCCUUCACCUCGCUGGACGUGGAGAAGUGUGGAAAAGUGUCCAAAUCCCAGCUGAAGGUGUUGUCUCACAACUUGUACACGGUGCUGAACAUCCCCCAUGACCCCGUGACCCUGGAAGAGCACUUCCAAGACGACGAUGACGGCCCCGUGUCCAAUCAUGGCUACAUGCCCUACCUCAAUAAAUACAUCCUGGAUAAGGUGAAAGAGGGGAUGUUCGACAAGGAGAAGUUUGACGACCUGUGCUGGAUGAUGACCAGGAAGAAGAACUACAAGGGUCCACCAGAUGGGGCGCUGCUCUCGGAGAGGAACCGCUUCAAGCUCUUCUGCUUAUUUAACCUCCUGUCAGACGACCGCUACCCGCUGGUGAUGAUCCCAGACGAGGUGGAGUAUCUGCUCAAGAAAAUAAGCACAGCCAUGAGCCAGGAGUGGGACGGGAAGCCGCUUGAGGACCUCACGUCCCAGAACCCGGCCGUGCACGAGGAGGGCUUGUCCGUGUGGAACUUCCUGGAGCACAUGGACGCCGGCCGGCUGCUUCGGGUCACCAGCGCCGAGGCCUUCAGUCUGGCCUUAAAUGAGGUCUUCCUGGAGAUGUACCACAACGUCCUGAAGAGGGGCUACAUGUGGAAAAAGGGACACGUGCGGCGCAACUGGACGGAGCGCUGGUUUGUGCUAAAGCCGUCGUCCAUGGCGUACUACGUCAGCGAGGACCUGAAGGACAAGAAGGGCGAGAUCAAGCUGGACAAGACCUGCGUCAUUGAGCCAAUUCCAGACCGAGAGGGAAAACGUUGUUUGUUUUGUGUGAAAACCCACAACAAAACCUACGAGAUGAGCGCCUCAGACCAGAGACAGAAGGUGGAGUGGAUCCAAGGUGCGUAGACGUUCGCAACAUUUUCCCUCAUUAUAGUGGAAACCGCUUAUGUUGCCCAACUUAUCAAGUCGUGCUCUAGCAUGUUGUUAUUACUUCUAUGAGAAAGUGGUCCGCUUAAGUCGACAUACAUGAUGAUAGCUUUGUGAAAACUAUAUUGUGUUUUAUAUU